AUGCCAAAUUCGGAACCGAAUAAAAUUGCAUUUGAAGAGUUGGUGGAAAGGCUCGACAAGUAUCGAAAUGAAGGGUUUUUCCUUGAUCAUCAUCAUGGUCAGGAUCAACAUGAUCAUGUUGUUGUUGGAGGGGAAAAGAGAAUGAUGAAGGAAGAAGAGAAUUCCGAACAAGAAAUAAAAGGAGAUUCCGAACAAGAAGAAACCACAAAACAAGAAGAGCCUAAAAAUUCGGAAAUUCAAUUUUUGUUUCAUGCUGCUCAAUUCAUGAUUAGUAAUCGAUUGAAAAAGAAGGACGGAGAGAAGGUAAAAUUAUUAAUUCAAGCCAUGAAAAAUCCAAACCACCAACAAGCCUCUCCUUUUAUAUUUCCUCUUGCUCAGUCUCGUAAAUUGCAAAAGAAUAUCAUUAAGAAUUUUGGUGCUCAAUUGUUGAAUCAGUGCUUGGGUGAGGUGAUUCAUACGAAUGUUCACACCACUGCAGGUAAUGCAGGUUUGGAUCAUUCAAAACAGAAAAAUAGGAAAAAUUCAAAAAUUGAAGUGAAUCGUCACCAUCAAGAAGAAGAAAACCAUUCUGUUGAGGAACAAGUAGAGGAAGAGAUGGUAAACCAAAGGGAUCGUUCUGUUCACUCUGCCAAUAUUCAUCACAACUCUCAAGAAGGAAAGAAGAUUGAGGUGGACAUUCACGAUUUGUACCAACAAUCAGUACAGUCCUCAAGAGAUGAUGUUAACUUAUUUGAGAAAAUGUUCAAGACACAUUUUCAACAGAAAGCUCCUCAUGUUUUUAGGGAAGAUUUUUGUGGAACUGGUCUACUGUGUUGCGAAUGGGCAAAGAGAAGUGUCGAAAAUGUCUCCAUUGGCGUUGAUUUAGACCACGACACUAUUGAAUGGGGUCGUAAGCACAAUAUAGAAUCAAAAUAUUCCAAAUUCAAUGUGAGUGACAGAAUUUUCAUGUUCACCAAGAAUGUUCUCGAAUUCAAUUGGGACGAAGAAUUACGGGAUUGUCCAUUAUUACUCGAACAAGAUGAAGACACAGGAAAGUCUUUUCUGAGAAAGGCCGACAUUAUUUGCGCCUACAAUUAUAGUGUGUGUCUACUUCACAAGAGAAAAGAUUUGAUGUUAUACUUUAAGAAGGUUCGAGAAUCUAUGGCAGAUUAUGGCUCCAUCUUUUUGUUUGACUUGUUUGGAGGAGCAAAAAUGUUGUCAGUCAACGAUAGAGAAUAUGUUAGGAAAGAUUUACCUGGAGGUAUCAUGUACGAAUUUGAACAAACCAAUUACAACCCAAUUACAGAGAUUGUGACAGGUUAUAUUCACUUCAAGCUUAGGGAUAAUUCAUGGAUUAAAAAAGCAUUCAGUUAUCAAUUCAGAAAAUGGGGAGUUCGAGAAUUAAAAGAAGCUCUGGACGAAGCAGGAUUCAGUAAGAUCGAAUUGUAUUGGGCCUCACACGAUCGUGACGAGGACAAUCAUGACGUUUCUGGUUCCAUUCAAUUCGAGAAAGUGAAAAACAUUGAAAAGAUUGAACAAUCUGGAAGCUGGACAGCUCUAUUUUGCUGUCUUAAAUAA